UCUCCUAGAUCCCCAUACAGGGAAACACAGCCUAUUACAUUAAGUUGGGUUGGUACAACUCUGUGUGAGAUCCUUAUACCUUUUCUGUGUGACUUGCCUUCUUCAACACCUAGGAGGUAAUUAAUCUGAGCACACAUGCAAGUUCAGUACUCUGUAGCCGCUGGAAGAGGCAUGUCAUUCAGUUAUGCAGAUUACACUUUACAAGAGUCACUGCAGAGUGGGACCCAUCCUUAUACAGAUAUAUUAUUUGUUAACAUCAGGGAAAGGUAAUCAUCAUAUGUUCAUAUAUAGUAUUGCUAUUUUCUUUGUUAGCUAUGAACAUUCCUGCCAUGUACCAUUUAAAAGAAGAGCAACCGGUUCAUCCAGUAGAAAGAAGAAGGUGCAUACAUCAUCACAAGAUGUAAGUGAAAGGCUUUACAACGUAGAGAAGGAUCGCUUAGCAUUAGAGGAGGAGAGGUUUAAAGUAGAAAAAGAGCGUUUACAACUAGAAAGGGAGAGAUUAGAAAUUGACAAAAGUAACUAAGUGUUAUUUGAAAAAAUAACAGAAUACUGUGAAAUGAAGUUGGAUGUACUGAAGUGCGAGUCUCUUGUAGAUACUUACCAGUGAGUGCAUCUUAUUGGGAUCAUGAUAUUUUAUGUUUUUGCCAAGACACAUACUAGCUGUAUGUUACUGUACAUCACUGUACUAGCCAUUAGUUGCAUCUGUUGUUGCAGUCAUCAUCCCUGUACUGUGAACUUUCACAUAUACUUAUAUUAUUUUAAUUUUGUAUUGAAUAUGCUGUUGAGUAUUAUGUUAUAUUGCAUCAAAAUUGGCAAAAUCCCUAUUGUGGACCCUGCCACCACAAAUAUAAUGAAAAAUAAAACUUUGUUACUUAUUUUUUUACGUACAAGAAUGAUUAUAAGGAUAUACAUGCCAACUUGACUGUAUUAUUUUUUUCCUUUAAUUUAUGCAAUUUCUUUUUGAUAAUUUUUCAGUAUUUUUCAUUCAGUAAUUUUCAAUAUGUGAAUCAGUUUGAUCAUUCAGUGCUGUAUUUUAGACUAAGUUUAUGACCUCGGCAAAGAACUGGAAUUUGUUACAAAUCUUUCAGAAGGGAUAGUUUUCAUUUGCU